UUGCGCCGGAAGAAGAUCGGCGUUGCACCACGAUGUGUUACAUGACCUGACGAUCAAGGAUCUUUCCCCCAGAAAACUUGUCUUUCUUCGACCUGCUGCUGUUUUGUUGUAAAAUGACCAGUUGACCAGAGAUGUCGGUAUCGAUAGGACGCGUUUUCGGCGGCGUGAGACGAGCGGGACUGUUCCUCCAGAGCGCCUCAGCAGCCGGGAGAACUCUCCAAAAUGCCCGGUCUCUAGCAGUGACCUCUCACAUGUCAGCCCGUUCCAAGGCACCUGCAGAUGAGGAGGAGCAGCAGCAGCUGGACGAGCCCAUCAAGUUCUCCACAAGCAAAGCCAGCCACAGGACCUGGAGGGUGGACAGAUCCAUGGGGAGCCAGUACGAGCGGCCCUGGUGGAAAGUGCUCCCCAUCAGCCUGGUUUUCACUGGCUUCAUUCUCUGGUGCGUGUUCAGAGACGAGACUGAUGUUGAUUCACAGCUGGAGAAGGAGCUGUAUGACCAUAUACCCGGCCUGCUCUCAGACGAAGAGGAGGCGCAACUCCAGAAUAAACCCUCUUAACUCUUGGAACUUCACAUGUAUAUAGUCAACUUGUAUUUAUUGUGAAAUGCGUCUCUAAACAAAGUAAUUCUGAAUGUAUGGAGAUGAAAGCAGUGCACACUGCUUUUUAUUAAAUGUCCAUUGUAAUUAAAUAUGGAGCUGAACAUGCA